GCAUAAAAAAAAAAAUUUCUUUCCAAUUUUGUCGAUAAUGUGUGACGACCAACAUUAUUGGCCGUCUGUCAUUUUUUUUGUCAUUUUUAACGGCUGAUUGAUUCUAAGUCAAACAGGGUGCCAGUGUUUAAAAAAUCUAUAGACUCAAUUGUCAAAAAUGUGUGACGACCAACACUAUUGCCCCUCUGUCGUCACACAUCUUUUAACCCUCUAAGCCAAACUGGGUGGCCGUAUAUAAAAAAAUCUUCUUUUUUUCAAUUGUCAAUUGUAAACAAUGUGUGACGACCAACAUUAAUCGCCAUAUGUCACACAUUUUUUUGUAAUUUCCAACGGCUGAUUCUAAGUCUAACUGAAUGACAGUCUAUUAAAAAAAUCAAUAAAUCUUGGACUGUCAAUAUUGUUAUGAAUGUGUGACGACCAACAGUUUUGCCCAUCUGUCGUCAAACAUUUUUUUUAAAGGCUGAUUCUAAGUCAAACUGGGUGGCUGUGCGAAGAAAAAAUCUACAAUUGACUUUUUUAAUUUUGCCAUUAAAUAGAAAAGAAGAGUACGUUGCUGAAUGUGUGACGACCGACAUCAUCGCCUGUCUAGGUCCAAAACAUACCAGGAAGAAGACUUUUUCGUACGCCUUUCCCUUACGACUCGUCCUUCGUCCUUCUGCCACCUGUGCGUCUUAUGGCGGGGGGUCCGCCACGCCCCGCUACGUCGGAGUGGCAUCCAGUGGCCCGCAGAACGCCGUCGGGGCAGGUGGAUGAGAACAAGUGUCCGGGAUCGUGUGUGCCUGUGUCUGUGAAAGUGGGCCGUUACGCGAUCGUCGGACCACGUCCAACCGACUCCCAAUCGGAUUUAAUUUCGAAAAAAAGCCAAAGAUGAAAGCUUGAACCUGGCAGGAUGCGGUCCGUCCUCCCGGACGUCUGCCCCGAGCCGGGGGCCGAGUCGGACGCCACAGACUCCUCUCUGAGCCCAAGGUGCGAAAAAGAGGGCAAAAUCCUGUCUAGGAAGAAGGAGUCGAGCGACAGCGGGAAAGACUCGGAAGAGGAAGACGCCAUGGAAGAGGAGGAGGACUUCGAGGACUGCGAAGAGUACGAAGAAGUUCCCGGUUGGAACUACCUCCAGACGAUCGAAGAGGAAGAGGAGGACUUGGAAGAUGAAGACUCCGGCAACGAUUCGGACGUCGAAAAGACCGAAUUGGAGACUUUCGAAAUGCUGGAGCAGAUGUGCGAGGAGGAAGCGAGGAAGGCGAAGGAGAAGGGUGAGAGGGGCAGGAUCGUCAGCUACCACGAGUACAAGAGGGUGAAAGGGUCCAAAGACGAUGAGGACUACGAGAACCAGCUCGUCUUCGAGAAGGAGAUCGGCGUGAGGCUCAAAGAUUCGAAAUGGAGCGGGUCGGCGCAGAGCGGGUACGAGUUGCGCCCCCGGCCGCCCACUCUGAUCAAUAACAGCUCAGUCUUGACCGGGGGCGGCUCCAUGAAGCACGAGCCAGACUCCAAGAUCAAAUCCGCCCUCAAGAGGGCUUCGUCCAAGAAGAGGAAGAAGCACAAAGUACAGUUCGACGAGUCGCUCAACAAGUUCUUCGACGCUGACUACGUCAUACUCAUAAGGGAAGAAUGCGGGGGCGGAGGGUGCGAGUGCGGGGGCGGCGACUACUGCUACGCCGAGGACGACGACGAGGAAGAGUUACAAGCCCUAGACCUAACCCCUUUCGAUCCUCCUGUGGAAUUCGUCGACCAGCUAACCCUGAGCCCUCCGGAUGGAUACAAGGACUACUGCAUACACAGGACCUCCCCAGAUGAGUGUCACCAGGAACAGGAGGCUGAGUGGAGGCCGGAACCCCCGAAAGUCGAAGACGGGACGACCCAGACGACGCCGACGAGCGAAAACGAACAGGAUGAUGAUAACAUAGCAGGAGACAUGCCCGAGAAAAAGGAGAGGUACAUAGUGGAGACAAUAACCAUGACGACCGUGACGGAAAGGCGGAUCAUCCGGGAGACAGAAGAAGCGAGCGAGGCCGCCUCCACGGCCAAGGAGAAGGAGAAGGAGAUGACUCUCACCUUCAAGCUCGGCUCCAACUCUCUCAAACCGAAUUCAGCUUUGCGUCAGCUCUUCCCGCGCAUCGCCUCGCCACCGCCUGACAAAUCGCCAGAUUCCGACGACGAUUCGCUCCAGAGCAACUUGAUCAAGAGGACGAUCGAGAGGAACACCCUUCGCCGUAGCUUGGUACGCUACCCGGACAUUAGGAAGCGUAACCAGGCGAAGAAGAACGAAAACAGCCUCGUCGAGAGGAUAAAGAAGCUGACGUGCGACAUCGACGAAGAAGAGGCUCGCAGUUCUCCGACCGGCGAAGAAUCCAAGGAAGAAUCCAAGAUCCCCGCUUACAGGAAGAUCACUGAUAUAUUCAUAAGGAAUAAAGAACCUCAUCCCGUCGUCCUCCAAACGCCAGCUUCAGUGGAACAUCAGUAUCCUUAUUACCAGCCGUACAACCCGCCUGACCUGGGCAACGGUCUCCACAAGCCUCGUUCCGUGACGGAAGCGCGUAAGCAGUUCCUGUCCUCUCUCGCCCCUUUGGCGGCGUGCGUCACGAGCAGGGACGACACACCGGGAAGCAGGGAUUCGACGAGCACCGUAGAUACGGAAUACUCCCUUAAUGACAUAGACGACGUCUUGAAGGAGCAGAAGCCCCAGCCUGAUAUCGUAGUCGGCACCCCGGGCAAUGAGAGCGACGAGCUGGCCCUGUUCGUCCAGCAGGACGCGUCGAGGAUCGAAAGACUGAGGAAGAGGUACAACUCCGGCUCGGACGACGAACAUGACGACUACGGCUUCAACAGGCGGCCUUCAGUGCGAGGUAUCAAGCCGAGGUUCGGCUCGACGACCGAAAUCCUCCAGCAGAUGCAGUCGCAGAUGGCCCCUUUGCCGUCGGGCAGCCACAUCUCCUGGCCUUACUACGACGACAGGAACGGCUACAGGCGCUAUGAAGAGCCUCAUUUCUCCCAGAAUGUCAUACACGUCGGACAGGGGCAGAGCGUGCGGGUCCCAUACCCACCUGGGCCCGUUCAAGUCCACCUCAUACCCCAGAGGCAGGUGGUCGUCCGAGGAACGCAGACGAUAUCGACCUACUACCAGAUACCCAGGUACCCCAGGCCGGUCGUCUACUACCCGAGGCCGUCUGUCUGCAGCUCACCGACCAAGAUGAAGCUGGAACGCGGUGUGCCCGAAGGCGCGAGCUCCUCACCGCACCAGGAACAUCUCCUCCCUCCUCCGCCUCCCCCCGCCAACCAGCAGGUCGACCAGCCGAUGAUGUACGCCAUGAACGUCUGACAUCAGUGUAGCUACUACUAUCAGUAGCAUACGGACGAUCUUGUCUGAAAAAAACAAACCACAAACGGACUGAAGUACCGCACAAGAUGAUUUCAGGGUACUUUAUAACCCCCAAAACAAACCCCUUGCUGCGUGCUUUUUUUUUCUCAAACCAAAGCACUAAUUAAACAAGCAUACUCGUAGAGUUUCGCCUAACCAAAGAGAACAUUGUAACAUGAAAACAGGACACGUUGGAAAAAAUUUAACGUUCAAACAUUCUUUACAGGUUAUGUGACGUAGAACAACUUUAUGACUUAGCUCUUGAUAUGGCAGGUUGUGUAACAGCUCGCCAAAUGGAUGGUUGUAUGACGUUACUCGCAAUAGCAUGUUUUGUAGUAACAUCGAUCGUGUUAUAAGAAGGUAAUGUGACGUAGAAAGUAAUAUGACAGAUUGAUGACGUAGUGAGUUUUAUGGCAGGCUGAUAACGAAGCUCGUGUUUAACUGGUUAAUAAUAGCUCUUGGCAGGUUGUGAUGACCAAUUCGUCAUAUGUCAGGUUGCUGGUGAUAUGACAGGUUGAUGACGUUGUGCGUUUUAUGACAGGUUGAUGACGUAGCUUACGUUAUGGCAGGUUUUGUGAUGUACCUCCUGUUAUGUCAGGACAAUGACGGCUCAUGUUAUGGCGGGUUGAUCACACAGCUCGUCUUAUGUCAGAUCGAUAACGUACCUCGUGUUAUUGGAUGCUGUGAUGACGUAGCUCGUGAUGUGGGAGGUUGUGCUGACGUAGCUCGUCUUAUAUCAGGUUGUGCUAACGUAGCUCGUCUAACAAAGUUGUGAGGUAGCUUGUGAUAUUGCAGGUUCUGUAACAUACCUCGUCUUAUAAGAAGUUUACAUGACGUAGAUCCUGAUGUGACAUAUUAUAUUUAUACGGGAGGUUAUGCGACGUAAGUCUUGUUAUAGCAGGUUAUGCUGCUACGCGUUCUUUCUUGUUUACGUCACCUUCGAACUUGUGUUUGCAGGUUUUGCUACUCCCCGAGGCAUUGUUACUGUUCGUCCGCCAUUUUUCUCGCGGCCUCCUCGAUCCCCCCACCUACAGGCCUAGGAAAAAUAUGAUUGUUCUCGUUUUUGUUAUUUUUCACCCAAUUACCUCAGUCUGAGACCAAAUUAGAAAUGAAAAUAUUUAAAAUUUUAAAUUAUAUAUAUACAUAUAAAUAGAUAAUUUAUUAGAACGUUAUUUUAACAAUUUGUUUGUCAAUAAUAAUUGGGAGGGGGGAUUUUUUUCUUCCAUAUUAGUUAUUAUAGAUACUUUAUUUUUCUACUUAAAAAAUAAUUAAUUAAUG